UUACCUUUUCGUCCCGGGUGGCCAUGUCCCUGUUGCCACUGGAUCUGGUUGUGAGUUCUGGCUCUGCCUCCUUUGGCUGUGUGACCCAAGGCAAGGGGCUUGGCCUCUCUGCGUCUCGGUUUCUUCACCUGUUAAGAGACGACGAUGGUCACCUGCGGCUGCUGUGCGGAGUGUGAAGAACUGAAGGCACCUGGCCCAGGGCGGCGCGCACCACCAACUUUCCGGGAUCGGGGGGUGGGGGGUCACUGGGGCCGGCGUCUCCCGCGUCCCCCUCCCCUGGACUCCAGUCCCCGCCGAGAGGAAGCACUGCCCGGCUGCGCCGCCCGCGUUGGGACACGCCAGAGCCGAGGGCAACCGAGGGCUGGGGUCCUGCUGGAGCUCAGCGGCGAGGCCUGGGCAGCGGGGAUGCGAGGGCGUCCCCUCUUCUCAGAGGAAUCGGGCACUGGGGGUCUUGGAGAAAGGGCUGCACGCCAAGCGGGGUACGCCCCCCGCCGGGCCCGAGCACUUACCCGGCGCCCUACCCGCCCGCGGUCACCGCGCGACUGGGAGCCUCGGAGCAGGUCCGGCCCGGCCAGCCCCGCCCCGUACCAGGCCCCGCCCACGCCCGGGCCGCCCCCGCCCCCGUCCCCGCCCCCACUGCCCGCAGCUCCCCAACCGUCGGCGGGCGUCUAGGCCUCUCCCCGGGUUUCAGCCCCCUCGUCCCUGCCUGUGGUCAGUCCACCCGUUCGUCCCUAUCUCCCUCACCCCGACUGCCUCCCGCCCCGCAGGCUGGGCCUGUCCUGGGCCUUCCGCAGUUACAAAGGUCCCGCCCGUGGGAGCGAAUCGCGGAUCACGAGAAUCCUGCCCUGGACCAGCCUAAGGGAAGGGUGGGCGGAGGGAACCACUUCCUUCCUCCUCAGGCUGGAGCGGGGCGAAUUCAUCCCGCCAACCCCUCUCGGGAAGCUUCUGCUCCAUUCCACCGUCUCCGGGCCAUACCUGCCUCUGGGUGUCCUGAUUCCUUGGGCUCGUCCCCUGCACCGUUUCUGCAUGCAGGGGUGGAGGGUUGGGCAGCAUGCUCUAAGGAGUGAGCAACCUCGCAGCCCUCAGGAUUUCUCUUGGUCGGGGGCGCUGAGGCUGCUCAUGGGAUGGUACUGGCAAGAGCGACCCUUCCCGCGGGCAGCCCCUGCCUGUCCUGGGCUGCCUUGCUCCUGGCCAACUCUGGCGCAGGCCCAGCUCUGAAGUCCCUCCCCUGUGGGCCCUCCCAGUACCCUGUUCACACAGUGGAAUCAGUUCUGUUAGCUUCUGUCUUUUCCCAGAGACCAUUUGUCCCAAACAUCCUGCAGAGCCGUCUUCUGCGCACCUCUCCCUUCCGGUUGGGUCGGGGCUGUGGGGAGAGGCUCACCUCCUUGGGGUUGUGUUAGUUUCCUCAUGCCGCUGUAACAGAUCACCACAAACCUAGUGGCUUAACACAAAAGUGUUAUCUUACAGCCCGGGAGGCCAGAAGUCUCAGAUGGGUCCUACAGGGCCAGAAUCAAGGUGUGGAUGGGGCUGUGCCUUCUGGAGGCGCCAAGGUAGUGUGUUCCUUGCCUUUCCGGGCUGGAGAGGUGCCUGUGAUCCUUGGCUGCCUCAAUCCACCUCUGCCUCCACAGUCACAGCGCCUUCUCCCUUCUAAGGAGCCCUGUGAUUAUAUGGGAUCCACCUGGAUAAUCCAGGCUAAUCUCUCCAGCUCAGGAUCCUUCGCUUCGCGAAGUCACAUGAGCAAAUUCCCCUUUGCCACUUAAGGCAACAUACAGGUUUUGGGGGGUUAGGAUGUGGAUAUCUUGGUAGGGGGGUGCAUUCUUCUGCCUCCCAUAGGGGUAUUGUUUCCACGGCUUCAACUGACUCGGUUUUCCUCAAUUCUGCUGGGCUUUCUUUUCUUUUUUAUUUUUUUGAGAUGGAGUCUCACUGUGUCACCCAGCCUGGAGUGC